UGAGUGAAUCAAUUCGAAACAAAAUUACUAUAGGAUAGCUUGAUAAAUCUCCCCCAUUGAAAGCUUCUUCCUCAGUGUAACUCAGCCGGUGUCGGUAAUAUGUCCGUGUAUACAGCAGCCAGACCCGUGAACUGCUGCACAGCGUGCCUUAUAUCACAUUAUGUCCCACGGCGCCCACCCCCGGCGUUACGUCACGGCACAGGCAACGCCCCUCCGCUGUUCUGAAGCUCAGGCCCGUGCGCGGGUUUUCAUUGUGUGUCGUCAUGCCUCGGGCACGCGCUUGUGGGAGCGAGCGAGGCAAAAUGGCGGCGGCCACAGGAGAGGAAAGCUGAGGUGUUGCUGAACUUACUGCAGCAAAAGGUUCAACACUUUUCCGCAAUGCAAACUACACUUUGGCGAACUGGCAUGAUACUGAAAAUACAUGAUGACAAUGUAUGCGAUCUGAGAGCUUAUCCAAGCGAAGGUAUGAAGAAAGUGAACCUGAAGAUGGUCACCAGUCAGCCCAAAUAUGACCUUAUAAAGGAAGUUGGUCGAGGAAGCUAUGGAGUGGUGUAUGAGGCACUAGUUCGCAGAACUUGUCAACGUGUAGCAGUUAAAAAGAUCCGCUGCCAGGCACCGGAAAAUGUUGAAUUAGCGUUACGUGAAUUUUGGGCAUUGAGCAGUAUUCAAGGUCAACACCCUAAUGUAAUCCACCUGGAGGAGUGUGUCCUACAGAGAGAUGGCACAGUACAGCGGAUGCUGCAUGGAUCCAGCUCUGGCCUUUAUCUUCCGUUAGUGGAAACUUCCCUGAAAGGUGAGAUUGCAUUUGACCCACGCAGCACUUACUGUCUUUGGUUUGUGAUGGACUUCUGUGAUGGAGGAGACAUGAAUGAAUAUAUCUUAACCCGAAGGCCAAGUCGUCGAACCAACACUAGCUUCAUGCUUCAACUGAGUAGUGCACUUGCAUUUCUACACAAGAAUCAGAUAAUCCACCGUGAUCUAAAACCAGACAACAUUCUUGUGUGCAAAGCCCGUGAUGGGAUGGAUGAACCUACUUUGAAAGUAGCUGAUUUUGGAUUAAGCAAAGUGUGCUCCAGUUCUGGGCUGAAUCCAGAAGAACCCGCUAGUGUCAACAAGAGCUUUUUAUCCACAGCUUGUGGUACUGAUUUCUACAUGGCUCCUGAGGUGUGGGAGGGCCAUUACACAGCAAAAGCGGACAUUUUUGCCCUUGGGAUUAUCUUGUGGGCCAUGCUGGAGCAUAUAACUAUUUUGGACACUCAUACCAAGAAAAGGCUUCUUGGUGGCUACGUCCAAAGGGGUGCUCAAGUAGUUCCUGUUGGAGAAGCAUUGCUGGAAAACCCUAAAAUGGAGCUCACUCUUCCCUUAAAGAAAAAGUCAAUGAAUCGACGCAUGAAACAGCUACUUCAGCAGAUGCUGUCCGCUAACCCUCAGGAGCGCCCAGAUGCCUUUCAGCUUGAACUUCGCCUCAUUCAGAUUGCUUUCAGAGACUUUACAUGGGAAACGUGAGAUGUUAGAAUGUGGAGCUUGUGUGGCAUUUUGAAUUGGAUGUAAAUUUCUAGGUAUGUUAAGCUGCAUUGCAGACCUAAUGACCCUAAUAGAGUACUUGUACAUGUAGAGCGGUAACAAUUCUUCUUAUUUGACUCACCUUUGUUUUACCUCUUUGCAAUAUGUCCUGCCUUAAAGAGCAACGGUCGGCUUUCUGUUUGCAAAAAAGAUACCUUGUGAUAUACAAUACUUAAAAUAUCAAAGAAAACCAUUGGUUUUUGCCUUAAAGAAUACAACUCCAGACCUGGUGAGCAGUCCUUCUUAAACUCCAUACAAGUUAUCCCAAGGCUAUUAAGUGAGUACUUAGCCAUUCUAGAUCACUUCUCUUGGAAGGCCAAUAAUUGCUUCUUAAAGGGGUACUCUGCUGCUCAGCGUUUGGAACAAACUGUUCCGAACGCUGGCAUCGCUAGCCUGUGACGUCAUAGCCCCACCCUCUCAAGACGUCACGUUCCACUCCCUCAUUGCAAGUCUAUGGGAGGGGACGUGACGGCUGUCAUGCCCCCUCCCAUAGUCUUGCAUUGAGAGGGCAGGACAUGAUGUCAUGAGGGGGCUGGGCUAUGACGUCACGAGCUCCCGUCUCCAGCAUUCAAAACAGUUUGUUCCAAACGCUGAGCAGCGGCGCACCCCUUUAAGGCCUGUUUUACAUAUGUCAACAGAUGUGUGGAAAACAUGAAUCUAGACAUCUUAUAUACACUUAGGUGGAGAUUUAUCGUGUCUGUGUGCAAACACUUAAAAACUUUUUUUUUUAUUUUUUAUUACUGCAGUGUUUUUGGCUUACAUGUGCCAAAUUUAUCAAAACGUCACACAGACUAUGAUAAAUGAAAAAUCACCUCAGAACUUGCUGUAUGUCACUUUUCUAAGGCAAGCCAGAAGUGGUAUAAUUAUGCUUUUUUGAAUAUUAUUUUUGCACCUUUUUUUUUUUUAAAGACAGUUAAUAAAUGUUGUCCACUGAAUGAAUGAAGCACUGCAUUUCAGUCACUUUUGCCAAAGUUGCUUCUUUGAAAGGGCACAACAUUUUUGCGCAAAAUAAAUGCGCCAAUUACUGCCAAAAAAUGCAUUGGCAGGAAGGCAUUGAUUAAUCUCCCCCUUAGUUCAGAAGUUCUUUUUACUAGUAUUGCUUGCUGGUUAACAAAAUCUUUCCCAUCCAGAAAAUGGCCACAAAUACAGGGGCUUGUGAAAAGUCAUGGCCACAUCCAGCAUCCUCAUGUCCUGAGUGUGCAGAUUCUGUACAAGCGUAUAAAUAAGCUUAAAGGGGUUAUCCAGGGAAAUUAUUUUUUUUUUUUUUUUUUUUUUAUAUAU